UUGUUAUUGCUUUGUCACCUUGACAACGCGUCAAUACAUGAUGUCACAAAGCGGUCAAUACAUAACAAAUAUCUACCCUGUGAUUGGUUGAUUGAUGCGCGGAGGCGAACCUGUGAAGUGGAUUUCAGACAACAAAGGUGAAGAGGGAAGUAAUUUGCGAAGUGAACCUUGUGACACAAGCGUGCUUUGUUCGCUCCGAUCUCGUUCAAAAUGUAAUAGAUUAACUUAUCUUGUUCGAAAGCUCGUGAACUUGGCGAAAAAAGAAUCGAAUUCCAGGAUGUUGAACUGUUUCAAAGACGGUGGGAACGUUCGAGCGGUUGUGGCUUGCUUGCAGCUGUCUCGCUCUUCAUAUUUUACGUCAAAUAUCUAUUAAGUAACCUGAAAAGUCACCAUGACAGAUAAGGAAAAAGGGAAGGAAAGCUCUCAUAACUUGAUGGUUGCUGUUAGAGUAAGGCCUUUGAAUGGCGCCGAAGUCGAAGAUUCAAGCUGCACAGAAAUUGUGCAUGUUUUGGACGAAAACCUGGUGGUGUUGAAAGAUCCCAAUGAAGACCAAGAUGACAUUCUCAGAGCAAACAGAUCAAGAGAAAAGCAGUAUAUUUUUGAUUGUGCAUUUGGCCAAAAUUCAAAUCAGGCUGAUGUAUACAAGGAAGUAGCAAAACCUCUGAUUGAAAACGUCAUCUCGGGAUAUAAUGCUACAGUGUUUGCUUAUGGUGCAACAGGUGCAGGGAAAACAUUCACCAUGUUGGGUACUGACAGAGAGCCUGGUAUUAUGGCACGUGCCUUGAAUGAUCUUUUCAAUGCAAUGGACAGGACUAAAGAAGAUAUGAAAUACAAAGUGUCAAUGUCAUACUUGGAAAUCUAUAAUGAAAUGAUUCGCGAUUUGUUGAACCCAUCAUCUGGUUAUCUUGAACUGCGGGAAGACAGUAGAUCAGGUGAAAAUCGAGGGCAUUAUGUCAACUAUAGAGAUAGCAAACUGACCAGACUUUUAAAGGAUUCUUUGGGUGGUAACUGUCGCACAGUCAUGAUUGCCCAUGCAAGUCCAGCAAGUGGAUCAUAUGAGGAAACUCGCAACACACUCCUGUAUGCAGAUAGGGCCAAGAACAUAAAAACUAAUGUGAAGCCAAAUCAGUUCAGCGUAUCCUACCACAUUGCACAGUACACCAACAUUAUUGCUGAUUUAAGAAAAGAAAUAUUUCGUCUCAAACUCAAAAUCUCUGAACAUGAUGCGGACAAAAGUAAUGAAAGUUCAAAGCAACAAAAAGGCAAGAAUCCGGAAGCGAUGAAUAAGUUGCGGGACCAACUCGUCAGUACGUUUAAAGAGCAGAUGAAUUCGUUAUCACUAAUUUCACGAUUUCGGUGUAGAUGGGAACAAGAGAAAGCCAGGAGAGGUGUGCGUAAAACUACCAGAAACUCAUCUGGGAAACCUAACGUUUCUGAGGUGAGGAACGACUUGGGAACUGCGGCUUCUUCCGAAAAUGAAAACAGAGUGAAAGGCGAUGGGUCAUUAGCAGAAGACAAAAACAUCCUCGGCGAAAACCUCCGCGAAGGGACAACACUGUCCAAUAUGGACACUGUGGAAGAUGUUGAAAGCAAAGACAUGGACACCGAAAAGGAUAAAAAGUCAGAAGCACGCCAAGGUGCAAAAAUCGCAGAGCCUGAAGAAGUAUCUUUUGCGCGAGAGGAAAUCACAACACUGAUUGCAGAGGAAAAACGCACGUCUAAUCUCAAAGUAGAUCUUCAGGAAAAGCUUCAGCAGACGCGAAAGGAGGUUGAAGCUUUGGAAGAGCUCUUACCCAAGAAGAUAAGCAGCGAAGAGAAUCGAGAAAUCUUGGGUCUUCUGUGCAAGGUUCACGAGCUCGAAAUUACCAAUGCUGAGCUCCAGUCGAACUCGUUACUCAGGGAGAACUUGCUACGACAAAAGGACUUGGAGAUGAACAAGUAUGAUUCACGGCAACGGUUGUGUGAUGAAAUUAUUCAAAUGCAGAGAUCUGUUAUCAACGAUUCUGGAGCGCAGUGUUCUGCAGAGCUCGAAGCACUUUAUGAUGUGUACAUGGAGCAAUCAGCUGACUUUGAGCAACGCGAGAGCAAUUCAAGUGAGCAGAAGAACGGGGAAGGCUCUUUGAACACGUUACAAAAGGCUUCACUUCUUGCCGGAAUAAAUCGCCGAAUGAUGCCCUUAGCACGAGAGAAGUUGUUCACAUUCAGCAAGUUGUCGCCUUUGAGUGAGGAGACGCCUUCUCGUCUGGUGUCACUUCAAAACUCACCCGUUAAGAUGUCACGUACCACACCUUCUGCUUGCACACAGAUUUCGGAUGACGUGUUCACACGGGAAAUCAGUUCUCCUCUAUCGUUGCCCACACCCAAGAAAACGAAAAAACUUCUGAGCCAUACUGACGACGGUGAAAGCAUACGCAGUUCACCUACCGUGUCCUCCGUAAUGGAAGACUUGCACGAAGAGGUGGAGCUCGCUACCCCAGCCAGCCCUGUGUUUGCCCGAACGCGAAAAAUCGCUCAGAUCGCUGCACGCCGUCGAGGUGGCCCGGAUAAGAGUCCUAAAACUAGCAAUAAUAGACUAGGAACUGGUAGAGAGCUCCCUACAAAGUCUAGUUCUGUCACGGACAUGCGCGUGCCUGAUCAAGCUCCCGAAAGUCAAAGUGUACAGAGGGACAAAAGACUCUCGGUCAAGGCUUCGCGAAGUAUGAGUGAUUUGUCUGUAAUUGACAAAAGAACAGGAGACGUUUCAUCUGAAGAGGCGCCACCAGCGGACAAACCGAAGGGGGCUGGGAGGAGCAAAAUAAAAAAUGCCCCUCAAAGGAAGCCCAAGAGGUUACGUUCCGCAUCAUUAGAUGAGUCUAAAGUUUUGAGAGUGAAACCUCGGCGCACUCGUAAAGAAGAGUUACAAGAGGCGGCAAGACAAAAAGUGGCCGCUGCAUUGGCGCAGUCAAAUACAAGGAGCAGAAUGUAUGGGGGACAUGGCACAGAAGGACGCAAAGCCAUCAGGACACGACAAGCCAGAGCAACGAGUCUCUCCAAGCCCAUCUCAGAUACAGAAAGUGGAAAAACAUCGGCGAAACCUUCUGUUUCUGCCGCCAGUAAUCCAUUAGAUGGAGAGGUGCAAACAUUCUGGACAAACGUGACUCCGCCGUCUACUGUCCAUCAGCAUGGAGUUACUUAUGGUAAAGGGCAUACUAUCCAAAAGAGAUACCGUGCUCCUCCUGAGAUCAGCGGAACGGAUUCGAGCCAAUCCACUCCGAGGCUCAAACCAAGGAAAAAGCCGUCGAAUACUGGUACGAGAUCCGUCGACGAACUAUCAGUGAGUGGUAUUGCUGUGCGUCCCUCCAAACAGGCUGCAGGUGUGCGCAGAAGUUAAUUAUAGCUGCUACUGAAGGUCCUGUCCUAAAUGUUUCAAGAAAAGAACUUGUAGAAGUUAUAGUGGAUAUCACUACUCAGUAGACCUUCUACUUCCUUUUUCUAUGGCAGUUAGAUCUGAAAGCUCUUGAAGCUCAAAAUGAACGAGACUUCGAUGUACCCACAGAAGUUGCGUUACAAAAUGAGAAGACAGCCAUUUUCCUGUGAUGAAAUAUCGUUCGCUUAAUGGAACUGUACAGUGCAUUGACAAUAAGCAAGUUCAGGUUUUAUAAACACUGCAUAUUUAAUAUUGAAGACAAGGCAAGAGUGAUUUGUUCACAGUUUAUAUGUACAUAGCAGGAUCCGAUAUUUAUUCAUGCAGGCUUUAUUUUGGAUCCUGAAAAGGAAAUGUAAAGCUAUUUAUUAAUAUGUAUAGUUUGAUACUUUGUUAAAUACUGUACGUUUUUCACAGUUGUCAAUUAAAAUAAACUGAGUAGUUAAUAACC